AUGGCUCGUUAUGAGAGAUUUGAUCUUGAUGCACCGGCACCAACAUAUAAUACAGCAACUAGAUCAGAUUUAUUGAAUACUUCAGAAAACAAUGAAAAAAUCGAUCUGUUUGUACCGACAAAUGCAUCAUUGUCGGUGGAAGAAGAAACAACAACACGUCAUGCUCUAAUUACAUUAAAUAUUAUUUCCAUUGUGGUUAGUACAGUUUGCGGUUUGAUUACAUUUUUUUUAGCCGUUGAAGAGCAAUCGGCAUCAGCACUAGGUUUUGCUGUUGAUACAAUACUUGAUGUGUUAGCAUUUCUCACUAUUAUAUGGCGUUUUACAAGUACACAUGAUCAAGCGAAAAGAGAAAUCUAUGUGCUCAGGAUACUAGCAGUACUAUUUAUACUUUCUGGCUUUGGUGUAUUCAUUGAUUCAGCUGUUGACAUUCGUAAUAAAAUACAUCCCAUACCGAAUCAUUAUUUAGUUGUGGCAGUUACUCUUCAAACAAUCAUAUUUUUUUGCCUUGCAUUUGGCAAAUAUACGGUAGCAAAAAAGUUAAAUGUUAUUUCAGCAUAUUCCGAUGCAUUUAAUACUUUAAUAUCUGCUUUAAUGGCUUUAUCCGUAGUCAUUAGCGCAACAAUUUAUAAUUCCAAUCAAAGUGUUUGGUACGUUGACCCUAUGAUAGGAAUGAUGAUUUCCUUAACUAUUAUGGUUUAUGGUAUUUGGAUGGUUUUUAAAUCAUAUCGAGGCAUUUAA